AACGAAUCAUCGGCGCUUCAGCUCGACGUGUACGGGCACAAUGAAGUGAAGCUCAUGUACGUGUGUUUAGGAAGCGGAGAGUUGAUAGCUCGGCACGUAUCGACCAUGAGACCCAACUCGGGUGCAAGAGAACACGAGAAGAAACAGAUGGAAGAGAGCACAGCGAGUUGGAAGGUAGGGAUGAGGCACGGCUUCUAGUUCUACCAGCUUUGACCGUCGGGUUUGACCAGCUCGGCUCACGCAAAGAACGGAAGAAACAAAAAGCGAGCAGAGCAUGCGAUGGCAUGGUGAGGUGAUGCCAAAAGAAGGUGCAGAAGCCAACAAAAGAAGGCCAAGGCUCGGAGCGCUCUCUCUCUCUCUCUCUCUCUCUCUCUCUCUCUCUCUCUCUUUCUACCUCCGCAUACUUUCCACCACCUGCAGCUGCUCAGAGCUGCAGAUCAAGCGUGUGAAAGGAAGGAAGCAAGAGAGUGAGAGGAAGAGUGCUGACUUGAUGACACUUUAUUUGACUGACCCUUUCUUACCUACUACUGCUGCUGCUCUCCUCCUCCCCGAGUGUUGUACACAAUGGAGGAAGAGAGCUUCAUGGACGUGUUGCGGACCGGAGAGGAAGAGGACUACUUGCUCUCUCGCUACUCCUCUCUCUCUCCGACAGGGAUGCUUUGUUUUGGCGAGGAGGAAGACGCAGUUUCAGCACUCCGUAGGGCUCCUCGCAAAGCAAACGACUCUUCUCCACCUCCCACCACCAUCGAUAUAUCCAAAUCUCCGAUCAAGAAGGUGGGAAGCAGCUGCGGUGGAAGAGGGAGGAGGCGGAGAACCGGUGUGACUGCAAGUGCUACUCCUGCCACCAUCACGGCGAGGAAGGAGAAGGUGGGGGAAAGAAUCAUGGCCCUGCAGCGGCUGGUCUCCCCCUUCGGCAAGUCUGAUACGGCCUCCGUUCUGCAUGAAGCUCUGGAAUACAUCCGAUUCCUGCACGAACAAGUGCAGGUUCUGAGCUCUCCUUACCUGCGAAGCCUGCCAUCCUCCGCUGACUUGCAUGACGGGAGAGGGAGCGCAGACCUGAGGAGCCGGGGGCUGUGCCUGGUUCCGGUCGCGUGCACGGAGGACGUGACGAGAAGCAACGGCGCCGAUCUCUGGUCCCCCGCCACGGGAAGUGGCAGCAGAGGCUCCUCCUCCUCUUCCUCCAAGCACUAAGCGGCAGCCUUUUGCGUCUUGAGCGGCUCUCCUGAUAUGUUUUGAUUGAUCCUUAGGCUGACAGUAGCAGCAGAAAAGGUUGUGUUUCUGUAACAGAGGUUAAGUAGCAGAUAAGAAGCGUAAAAGGAGUUGCCGAGGAAAAAGGAAGUCAUGCAAUACAUCGAUGUUCUGUUGAGAUGUCAGUGAAUUCAAAUAUCAGAAACAUAUCUUUCGAAUGAGUACUUGAAUGUCUACAUCUUGUUUUCA